GUUAUUGCCGGGGGUGGGUCUGCGCUGCUGCACUGCUACAGCCCAGCUCCGGCUCGGGACCAGUUCAGCGAACAGAAAAGUUGGCGGAAGUUGAUCGAUUUUCCGCUUUAGUCAUUUUACCGAGGGCCCGGGGAUGUUGAGACAUUGGGUAACAUGUCACCGACUGAAGUCCUACUUGUGGUUGCCCCGGGCCAUGGGAAGCCUGAGCCUGGUCAGUGUCUCAGCGCCGGGGGAGCCGGGCCCUUCCCGCUGUAACUCCCAUCCCCAUUCUUAUUCCCAAUCCCAACCCAAUUCCCAAUCCCAACCCCAUUCCCAUUUCUAUUCCCAAUACCAUUCCCAUUGUCAUUCCCAAUCCCAAUCCCAACCCGAUUACUAUUACCAAUCUCAAUCCCAUUGUCAUUCCCGAUCCAAAACCAGACCCCAUUCCCAAUCCCAUUCCCAUUGUUAUUCCCAAUCCCAUUUUUAUUCCCAACCCCAUUCCCAUUCCAGUCCACUGGGUUCUUACUGUUAUCAGAAUCCAAUUUCUCAAUCCCAUUCCCAUUGGAAUCCAGAUCGCCGAUUCCAUAUUGUGAAUACUCGGUCUCUGACAACAGGGCAGAAAACUGUGAGGAUUGGCUGUGCAUCUGGCUUUUGGGGGGACACUGCGACUUCUGUUCCGCAGCUGGUGUUUGGUGGAAACCUGGAUUUUCUGGUGUUUGAUUACCUCUCUGAGAUCACCAUGUCGCUGCUCGCUGCUGCUAAAGCAAAAUCUUCUAACCAUGGAUAUGUGCCAGAUUUUGUGGAGGUUGCUAUGGUCCCAUUUAUUAAGGAUAUUCAUAAAAGAGGUAUUCGUGUCGUCUGCAAUGCUGGAGGUGUGAAUCCUCACGCUUGUGCUACUGCUCUACAGCAAGUUGUGAAGAAAGCAGAUCUGGACUUGAAGAUUGGAGUCGUGACAGGCGAUGAUUUAAUGUUGAUGAAAGAUUUGCUGAAAGAAGCAGGCAUUACUGACGUGGAUAAUGGAAGUCCUUUCCCUGCAAAUGUUCAAAGCAUGAAUGCAUAUUUAGGUGCCAAACCAAUCAGCAGAGCUCUGGACCUUGGAGCUGACAUAGUCAUAACUGGCAGAUGCAUCGACAGUGGCAUUGCUCUGGGACCUCUUAUUCAUUAUUUUGGCUGGAAGCAAGAUGAGUUUGAUCUGUUGGCUGCUGGAAGUCUUGCAGGUCACCUGAUAGAAUGUGGAGCCCAGUCUACAGGUGGAAUAUUUACUGAUUGGCACCGAGUUCCUGACUGGGAUAACAUUGGUUUUCCAGUGGUUGAGUGUUCCUCUGAUGGAAGUUUUGUCCUUUCUAAACCACCUAAAACAGGAGGAUUGGUUUCAUUUGGUACUGUUGCUGAACAGCUCGUCUAUGAAAUAGGUGACCCCCGACGUUACCAAUUACCUGAUGUCAUCUGUGAUUUCUCCCAGGUCACCCUGUCUGAAGUGCCAGAUGUAGAAGGUGGAGCAGUACGGGUUCAGGGAGCAAGGGGAUUGCCUCCAUCUGACAAUUACAAGGUUUGUGCUACAUAUUUGGAUGGGUACCGAGCCACAGCUGUCUGCCCAGUUGGAGGAUCUCGAGCUGUAGAAAAGGGAAGAAGAACAGCAGAAAGUAUUUUGAAGAGGGUGCGACGCAUGUUCAAACAGAUGGGUCUGGAUGACUUCAAAUCAAUUAAUGUUCAGAUUUUGGGAUCUGAAGAAACCUAUGGCAAGCAUGCUGUAAAGAAGACAGAUAGUCCUCGUGAAACUGUUAUCUGGCUGGCUGUUCAUCACAUGCAGAAGAAAGCCCUAGAAAUCUUUUCCCGUGAAGUUGCACCAGCUGGUACUGGAAUGGGUCUCCUGUUCUGAAGCCGUUCUUCUUUUUACAUCCAAAACAGAAUGUUGCGAUUGAUAUAUUUCUGAAUGGAAAGCACUUAGAAAUGUUUAAAGAGGACUUGAAUUAUCCACCGCUACCUGCUGUAGAGGAAAAUAUAGAACAGAAUGAGGAUG